AAGGAAAAAGAAUUACAUUUAUCCUCUUCGCCAAAACCUGUAUUUGUCAUACAUUGUUCGUAUCAUUGCAUCGCUGUCCCAUCUUUCUCGAGUUCCCGAAAAAUUUCUCAUUAAACUCAAGAUUCUGCUAACAGGGUGCUUGCCAUUGAGCGUGAUAGCUGGUGUACUGCACUCUCGUGUCUGUGGGGUUUGCUUUGGAUCAAUUUGCAGCAGAGAUGGCGGUGGUUCCGAACAAACAUGAUCAUCACGAUCAUCACAAGCAUCACACCAAGGGCCAAGCACUGAAUGUGUUCGACCCGUUUUCGUGGGACCCAUUUGAGGAUUUCGGCAACUUCGGUGCUCUGUGGAACCACGAGGCGGGGAAGGCGUUCCAAAAUGACAUGCGUGCGGUGGGAAAUACCCGAGUCGAUUGGAAGGAGACUGCUGAUGCUCACGUCUUUAAAGCCGAUCUUCCAGGUUUAACGAAGGAGGAAGUGCAGGUGACGGUGGAAGAUAACAAUACGUUGAAAAUCAGUGGCAAGAGGGUGAAAGAGGGAGUGGACAAGAACGAUAAAUGGCACAUGGUGGAGAGAUUGCACAGCUCAUUCCUGCGCCAGUUCCGCAUCCCCGAGAACACAAACAUUGAUGCUGUCACGGCAAAAGUCGCUCAUGGCGUGCUUACUGUCACCCUCCCAAAGAAAACUAGUUCCAAAAACUCCACCCCUCGCCACAUAGAUGUCGCUUAAACACAACCCCAUCAAAAGCAGUACAGAGAGCCUAGCUUUCUCCUGAUUCCAAUACAUCUGUGUGCCGUGACAUGUCUUUCCGAUCGUCAAUGCUUGUGAUCAAUCGCAUUUCGUGACUGCCUAGCAAUAUUGAUUAGUGCUGGACAGGUGUAAGGUAAUCGGCCAAAUUCCUUGGAAACACGAGCCAGGUUUCAUUGACGGCUAGCUCUUGAAUCAUGCUUGACAUGUACUCAAACACAUAUUAAUAAGCACGACUUCAUCAAACUUUACUCACUUGA